CUUACUUAACAAAGUUAAUAAUCAUUUCUUUGCAAAAGUUGAGUCUUAUUGUCAUAUUUCCAUUAUAUAAAAGCAGUUGAUAAAGCAUGUGACUUUAUUGAAAUUUUGUUCUUCCGCUUUUUUUGAAGGCAGCUAUGCUCACCACUAACCACCAAUGCCGGCUAUUAUUCCACUUUUUUUUUUUUUUUAAAGUUCAUGUAUUUUGAGAGAGAGAGCACAAUCAGGGUAUGGGCAGAGAGAAUGGGAGAGACUUCCAAGCAAGUUCCAUACUGUCAGUGUAGAGCCCUACGCGGGGCUCGAACUCACAAACCAUGAGAUCAUGAUCUGAGCCAAAGAGUCGGACGCUCAACACACUGAGCCACACAGGCACCCCUGUUCUUCCACUUUUUGGGAAAAUAAUCUACUUUGAGGUGUAUCUACCAAAUACCAAAUUAAGUUAUUAUUAAUUGAUUAAUCACCUAUAUUACAUUAGGCAAUUUUACUCCAAAUAAAUAUAACUGAACAUUGGCUAGCUACUAAGCACUUUGCUGUGUUGGAACAAAGGUAUUUGAAGAGUUCUCAGUAAAGAUAUUCUUUGCUUUUGAUUAUCAGAUAUACUACAUAAUUGUAAAAUCCAUACUACAAUUUGUUCAGGAUAUUACAACCUCAGUGAGUGUCCAAUUUUGUCUGAGGCAAAAUUUCUUAACAAUUUUAUUUUAUUUUUUUGAAUUGAAUUUUAAUAAGGGAGAGAGAAAAAAUACCAUGUCAUAUUUUGUAAAGGCAUUUGCUUUAUAUCAUUAAAUAAAUUAGGGGAAAUGCCCAGAGACCAUUUAUGCUAUUACUUGGUGAUUGAAACCAUGAUAUGCAUUUAGAAAUGCAGCCUAUUGAAAUAUUUGGGGGACCCCUGGGUGGCUCAGUCAGUUGAGUAUCUGACUCUUGAUUUCAGCUCAGGCCAUGAUCUCACAGUUCGUGGGUUUGAGCCCUGUGCUGGGUUCAGCCAGUGAAGAGCCUGCUUGGGAUUCCCUCUUCCUCCCUCUCUCUUGCCCUCCCUGCACUUGUGCUUUCUUGUCUCUCAAAAUAAAUAAAUAAACAUUUAAAAAUAAAUAAAUAAAAUAUUUAGGAAGCAUAUUUUAUAGCUAGUUAUUACUUAGUGCCUUGGUCUUAAUAAUGGCAUCUUUUACAUGGGGAAUCAAAUUCCUCUCACCCACUGACUAUGCAAAGAAUGUUCUACUGUUCAGUGGAGAGGAAUACAGAUUUGGAUUCAGACAAACCAGAAUUGGAACCCAGGACCCAAUAAUUAUCAGCUAUAUGGCCUUACAUAUUAGUGAUCAAAACUCAGUGCUUCAGUGUUUUCAUACUUAAAAUAUGUAUCAUAAUGUCUGUAUUUUACAGUUUAUUUUUAUUUUUUUAAAUUUAAUGUUUAUUUAUUUUUGAGACAGAGGCAGAGCAUGAGCUGAGGAGGGUAGAGAGAGAGAGAGGGAGACACAGAAUCUGAAGCAGGCUCCAGGCUCUGAGCUGUCAGCACAGAGCCUGAUGCGGGGAUCGGACUCACGAACUGUGAGAUCAUGACCUGAGCCCAAGUCGUGCGCUCAACCAACUGAGCCACCCAGGUGCCCCUAUAUUUUACAGUUUAGAGAAUGAAGUUGUGGAUAUAAAUUGUUUGGUAAAAUAACUACCGAAGAUAUGAGAAACACCCAGUAAAUGGUAGCUCUUCGUUUCUCCAAAGGUCAGUGUAAUUUCUUCAAAUACAAAGAUGGCAACACUGACCCAUCAUCAGAAUUACUGUCACAUUCUUAAGUGAGGAUGCUUUCUGAUGGAGGUCUUGCAUUUAUAGAAUGGCUGGUCGAAUAAGGAGUGUAAUUUGUGAUUAGGCAACAAAAGGAAGCUGAGGACUCCUGGAGGGAUUCAACACAUGACCUUGGCCUUAUUGUUCAUUCCUUUCUGAAUUAUCUAGUUUUAGACUCAGUGAAGAUUCACUGGCACAUGAACUUAUAUAUUAUAGUACGUUUGCAGUGUCUAUACAUGAAUGAAAUCACAUUGUGGUAAAUACACUUGAAACUGUGCUAUAUCAACUCAGAGAAAAAGGAUUAGAAGAUUAAAUUUAGCAGUUCAAAUUGCCAGACUUGGUUACCUUCUUUGACCCAGGAUAUAAUUUAAGCCAAGUUAACUUUAUACUGUGAAAAGUAUGAACUAAUUGUGCCUGUCAAAGCAAGUUCCUCAAGAAAAGAGGCUACCUUUCCCCUAUUUGAGAGAAGAGAGAGGGAAGGGAAAAGCAGUCUCUUGAGAUAAGUGUGCAAGUUCGCUUCUGGCUAAAAGUUAAUGAUUAGUUGCCUCUGUUCUCAACUCUGAGCCCUGAGAAAAGUGGAAAACUCGUGUUCCCUAUUCAGGUUAUUUGAAUUUCAAAUAGAGGAGCAGACAUGCCACCCCCAGCAGGUGCCCCACUGCAUCCACCUCCUGAUGGAGGAUGGGGCUGGGUAGUGGUUGGAGCAUCUUUUAUCUCCAUUGGAUUUUCAUAUGCAUUCCCCAAAGCAGUCACGGUGUUCUUCAAAGAAAUUCAGCAAAUAUUCAACGCUACCUACAGUGAGAUAGCCUGGAUAUCAUCCAUUAUGCUGGCUGUUAUGUAUGCAGGAGGUCCCAUAAGUAGUGUUCUGGUGAAUAAAUAUGGUAGCCGACCAGUAGUGAUGAUAGGAGGUUUAUUAUGCUGCUUGGGAAUGGUCACAGCCUCUUUUAGUACCAGCGUAAUAGAGCUCUACCUCACUGUGGGAUUCAUUACCGGUUUAGGUUUAGCGUUCAACCUGCAACCUGCCCUAACAAUCAUUGGCAAAUACUUCUACAAGAAACGACCCAUGGCUAAUGGCCUCGCCAUGGCAGGAAGUCCUGUUUUCUUAAGCACAUUGGCUCCUUUCAAUCAGUACCUUUUUAAUACUUUUGGUUGGAAAGGAAGUUUUUUGAUUUUAGGAGGCUUAUUGUUGAAUGCUUGUGUGGCUGGAUCGCUCAUGAGACCCGUUGAACCCAAACAAGCUACGAAGAAGUCUAAAAAUAAGAUUGGCAUAAGAGAGAAUGACCCAGAUGUGAAGAAAAGCCAUAGGAAGAAAUCAAGAUGGGAAAGAGUUAAUAAGUAUUUAGAUUUCUCCCUUUUUAAGCAUAGGGGAUUUCUGAUAUACUUAUCUGGAAAUGUCAUUAUGUUUCUAGGGUUUUUUGCCCCCAUUAUAUUCUUGGCUCCAUAUGCCAAAGACAAGGGAAUUGAUGAGUAUUCUGCAGCUUUCUUGCUGUCUGUUAUGGCUUUUGUUGAUAUGUUUGCUAGACCUUGUGGAGGAAUCAUUGCAAACUCCAAAUUUAUCCGACCCCGAAUCCAGUACUUCUUCAGUUUUGCAGUCAUGUUCAACGGAGUGUGUCAUCUCCUGUGCCCGUUGGCAGAGAACUACACAAGCCUGGUGUUGUAUGCUGUGUUUUUUGGUCUCGGAUUUGGGAGUGUUAGCAGUGUCCUCUUUGAAACGCUCAUGGACCUGGUUGGCCCUCAGAGGUUUUCCAGCGCUGUGGGACUCGUCACAGUGGUGGAGUGUUGCCCUGUUCUUCUUGGCCCUCCUCUUGCUGGUAAAUUGGUGGAUCAAACUGGACAAUAUAAAUACAUGUAUAUCGCCUGUGGAGCUAUUGUGUUCCUAUCAAGUGUGUGGCUACUUAUCGGCAAUGCUAUAAACUACAGAUUGCUUGCAAAGGAAAAGAAGCUGGGAGAAGCAAGGAAGAAGAAAAUGAGUUCGCCUGAGUCCAAAGAAUCUGAACCUUUGAACAAAUCUAAACAUCAUGAUGUCAGCAUCAAAAGUACAAGAACAGAGAAUAAUCCCUCAGAAAGAGAAACUAAUAUUUAAUAAGAAUCUCAUCUCUGAUUUCAGUGUUUAUGACUUUAUUAGGAGUAUUUUUUUUUCCAAAAUAUUGGAAAGGUUUUUACUUGAAAUGAGAAGUCAUAAUUAAGGAUGGAAGUGAGAUUUUCCUCAAUGGCAAAUUUUUAUAAGUUUGUUUUUUAAAACUUGUUUGGGUAGUUAAAAUUCGAGGUUAUGCCUAUAAAGAAUCCAUGCAAUGGGUUUAUUUCCAUACGUGACUCUGGUUGUGGUGGUUAGAGUAAUUGUAGAGUCUUCCAGUGACUUCUGGUCUUGGUUAUAGAGAUCUGAAUCCCAAAUCCCUGGUUUAAAUAGCGAGAAGGAAUAUGUUUAAUCAAAUAAGAAUACCCUGUCUAGAUUGUAGUUUUCAGUGUUAGAUGGAAUUGAAGGAAAAUGAAUUUUCUUCUAAUGUGCACAUGCACACACACACACACACUCACCUGUAUUUACACACAUGCGCACAGAGUAUCUAGAGGACAAAAGACAAAUAAGUUCAGAAAGAAUAUUAUCACUAUACUUUUUUUUUAACUUUAAAAACAAAUCCGUGGAGAGUGAAGAAAUGUAUUAGGUCUGCAUACUACUUUGUAGUGUAGAUUUUAAAUAUAAGAACAUGGGUGAAAUGAAGAUGAUCUUAAUUUGAAAACGCAAUUAACUGCUGUAAAAAAUAAAAGUAUUUGCAUAUAUAAAAUAAAUUUGAAAAAAAAACAACCCUCCAUUUUAAACCAUUAUUUCUGAGUACUGUUAAAUCCAUGCAUGUAGUUUCUUUGAGGAUGGCCAUUAGUACUUGGUGCUAGAGAAUAGAACCCUCAAACAAUUUUCAGAAUUCUUACUUAAUAUAUAAAUCAAAUUAAAAGCCUAAAUGAUUCUUAGCAAUGAGCUACGUUCAUUAAUUUUAAAAGGAUUUUAGUUGCUAAGCCAGAAAGUAAUAAGCAGGGAUUUCUUUUAAUCAGGACUCAAUCCAGACUCCCUGUCAUAGACUUCAGAAUGGAAUCUACCAGAAACCUGGUUGACAGACUGAAAAAUAGGCCAAAUUCUAAUUUUUCCCACUCACGUAGCAGUGAUCAGAGACUUACUGUUAUGAGUGACCCAUCUGAAUAAAGCUGACUAAGAGUGAGAGGUGCUUCUACUGAGGCCUCCAAGUUCUCCCAUUUUUAUCCCCUCGCCAAAAUGCAAAAGCAAAACAGAGAAAACCAAAUGGGCCUUUGAUUCCACCACUGAGAUUCCUCACGUUGUGGGAAUGGCAGCUCUUCAAAAUCCCACCUACUCCCAGUCAGACUUCCUGCUGCCAGUGAACAUGACUAGGAGACUGUUAAAGGUUUCUAGAACUGGAAGCUGUAUGUUAGUUGGCAUAUACUUGUGAAGGGUAGGCAUAGUUUAUCAUACGAUAGUAAGAAGCUUGCAGCAUUGUGGGCUGGGUUAAUAUAGCGGUUUCUCAUUUUCAUAGCGAUGUUAAAACAUCUGAGAAUCUGAAUCACCCUUGAGUAUGGAAGCAUAUGACAGUUACUGUGAGCUCAGAACUAUAAAUACAAUUUAGAGUAAUAAAGUACUUCUAAACAAGGAACAAUUUGUGCCUUAUGGCUAAUGCGAUAAGUAUUUAUAUUAAUAAAUCUAAAGUUUAAGCAUAUGAUUAAUAAAAAACAUUUAGUGCUUGAUUAUUGAAGUGAUGUUACUAUUAAGAUGUCAAAAAUGAAUUUGCCAUUCUUUUUUUUUUUUAAUUGCUGUAGAGGCAGGUGCUAUUCUUGUUUCUUAUAAGAGUGCACCUGGACACCAAGCUUUUGUGAUAGUUAAUGUUAGGGAUUUGAUUUGUAAAAUUUAUGCACUGGUUAAGCAUGGGGCUCAUAUUUAGGAAGCUAUAGAAAAUUCCACAUCUCAUUUAUCUUUUUUGCAGAUGAAGAGGUAUUUGUAUUUUUUAAAUAUUAAAUAAAACAACUUGUGCCAAUAUGAUAGAUAAAUCAGGCAAAAUGUGGCAGUGUUUGGCUGUCUUUAAUUUAGUUUUGCCCAGUCUUGAGUCUUGAAUGAGCUGUUUUCAUUUUAUUAGUGCUUUUGUAUUCAGCUCUGAUUCAUCGUAAGAAAUGCAACAUGAUAAAUUGUGUAGUGGGUGUCCAGUAUUAAAGAUUUCCAAAAACUGUCUUCAGAUUCUCUGAGGAUACCUAUUUAAAUUAAUACAGAUAUAAUAUCCCAGGGGGAAAUAAACAGCAAAGUAUUGAUAGUGGGGUUUUGUGCCUACGGCUUUAUAGUCCUUUUUGUCACUUGCUGGUACAGACAAGCUGGUGGGUGCAUUCCAGUGCCUUCCUCCAUGGAAGGGGGUUUAUUCACUUAUUGAUGAGGUUUUUAUCAGGUCAAAACCGAUUCGAAUUUGUUGUGUUGGUCUUUGGUCAUCCUCAUUAAAUUUUCAUUCCUAACACUGUAUAUUAGAUUGUUAAAAAAGAAUGGGAAGUAAAAUUGCACAAAUAUGUAGCCAUACCCAGCAGUAGCAUUACACAACGUUACAAAAUGUGCAAAUAUUAAUUCCCAUACGUACAUGUUGGAAAUUAGAUCAGAACACACCUGAAACACUGACACAGACUCAUGUACAGGAUUGAGAAUUGUUCCAGGGUAAAGUAAUCUUCUAGUCAUUCACUCUCCACUCUCUUGAACUUGUUAGAAUACCUGUUGCUUUAAGAGAAUCUUUGGAGACUGAGCAGAAGGUACCAACUUAGAAAUUCACAUAGUUGCGUAACUAGAGGAAGCAGUAUAGUUGGCCUCUGAGUCUGCAGCAAUUAGCAUAUUUCUUCCCCUAGGGAAUGAUGGGUUUUAGAUGUUCAAGGUGUCAUGAAGCAAAUUCAGAAUAUACACCAUUAAAUUUCCUUUUAGUCUCAUUCUGUCACUGAGGAAUUGUGCAGAAGGGAGGUUAUAAACCAAGGUACCAAAAUAAUUCAUGAUCACUGGAUACUUUUAGGUAUUUUUCUACUUGUGAUAACUGAGCAGCCCAUGUCUUUCACAAUUUAACCUUAAAUAUGCCUUCACUAAUUUAUGAAUCGAAUAUUGGGUUUAGGCUUGUCCUGACCUACCCUACUCUCUUUCCUUUUCUGGGUCAGUAUCUAAUGUAUUUCACAUUGGAAGACCUGAUGUUUUCUCAAUGUAAAUUCACAAGGCUCAUGAGUUUCAGUUCUUUAGUAUCAAGUUCCAACCACCCUAUCUCAUGACCCAUCCCCUGAAACUAGAAAAUAAAUAAAAUAAUUGUCUGAUAUAUUUAAAUGUGCACUUUCAAAAUCUAGGCACGUUUUUUCACUCCUCCUUCUGUGGCUGCACAUGACAAUUGAGGAUACAGGAAAAAGACUUCAAGUAUAUGAUACAAAUGUAAGUUUUUAUAUUGAUGUCAUAAAACAUAGAGAUAUCCCUAAUCACUUAAUUCAAAAUAAUUUUCCAUCCAAAAGAACCUUUUUAAAAAAGGCCCUCUCAAAUGUAUAAUGUUGCACACUUUUAAUAAAACAAUUAAAAAUCGUGAUCAUUAGGAUGCAUUUAACAGGGAGAAAGGAUAGGAAGUGAAAAGAGAAGUAAUAUUUAUAGCAUGCAUUUUGGCUACAUAAUACCUUUUAAUAUUCAAACCAAAUUAUAAGUAGAGGCUAUUGGCCUGAUAUAAUAGAUGAGAGAAACAAAACCAAAAAAUCAGACACACAAAGUUCAGCUAAUUACCCAAAGUUGAAAAGUAGUAUGUGACAGAAAUAGAACUAAAACUCAGGUUUAUCUGAGAGCAGAAAGAGCCCCUAGGGUGUUCACUACCAUGCUUUCUUCCAAUAGAAUCUAUAGAAGCAAGGUAGAUAAAAUAGAGAUAUAAGAAAUUUAAAACCUAUAUGGUAAACUAGUUAGGUUUAACUGUAAUUUGUAAUCUGAUUUAUUUAGUGUUCAUUAGAGACUGUUUGCCAUAAACUGAAUACAUAAUUUCAAGUUGCUUGCUUUUCUAGCCCAUGAAAAUUAUCCCAAAUAAUGGUAAUGAUUGUAUAAUAACCCUAAUUGUUUUAAUACAGCUUUUUUUUUCAUAAAAAUAAUGACAUUUAUAUGACUCAGGCAUAAUAUAUUUUCCCUGAGGUUGGAUUUAGAAGGAAAAUGUUAUUUUCUUUAUGGAUAAAUAAUUCCCAUAUUAGUUGCUACUAUUAUGACUCAAAAAUAAAAAGUACCUUAUACAAAUCAUAUUCAGAGAUACAGAGAUUCCCAUUUAUAGGAUCAUCCCAAGCUAUCAAAGAAAUUUAGAAAGAUUGUAAGAUAUAAUUGACUUGAUUUAUCUAUAAAGUAUUUAUUUUCCUCAUUGAAUGCAACUGCCCCUUAAAGCCCUAACUCAUUUUUCAAGUUUCCUUGAGCAUCUGUAAUUGCCAUUCUCCAUUCUGUCCAUUUGUUCUUUAGACAGAAAAGUGUCAUUGCUUUUGUCCUUUCCCUCUAGACUUUUGGCAUCCAUAGAAUAUUGUUCUCAAAUAUAUAUAUAUAUAUAUAUAUAUAUAUAUAUAUAUAUAUAUAUAUAUAUAUAUAUAUAUAGUUCUCCUUAGCAUUGUCUCAGAUAGUACACUUCUAGUGUCUUACAUCCUUCACAAAACCACACAUGCUGUAUCUGGUCUUCUUUAUUUGUGAUUUGUAGGAAUGGCCAUAUUCCUGGAGCCAGCAGUAUAUAUUUUUGGCCAUGACCUCUCAUCUUCACAAAUAAGAGAACUUGUGUGACUAUAGGCUUGAGGUAUCCUGCAUAAGGAACGUGCUUAUAUUCUAGAAGACAUUUUGUUAAUGAGUCUUCCUUAUGCAUGAUAGAUAUAUAAAUGAAUAUGAUUUUUGGGAAUCUAGAAAAAUCGAUCUUCCUGUCCUUGACACUCACUAUCUUGGAUGUUUCUAAUUUUCUUAAAGUCCCUCACAACUUUGAGAAACAAAGCUUAACACCCCAUCACAGCACCAUUACAUAUCUUCCUAUACGCAGUUUUAAUGCAACGACAUCCCCGACACAUCAUACCAAGUAGAUUCCCUACCAAAACACUUCACAGUACCAAGAAGCAUCAAAAUUAUUCAGAUAUAAAUUGAAAUUAUCAUCUUUACUUUAUUCAACUCACUUCGUUUAUUAUGUUUUGAUUUCUACACUUCCAUGUGCGUGGUCUCCAUGCACUUAGAAGCUGAGGGGCUCAAUUAUCAGUAAUUAUAAUGCUUGUAUAAUGAAAACCAUAAACUAUCUUUGUUGGUAAUUAAAAAAUGAAUAAUUUUCUGAGCUCACAUCAUUUUUUAUAGUUCUCAUUUUCUCUUCUUUGCUCUCAAUUGUUUGCACACUAUUUCAUUUUUAGCUCCUACAAGAUCCUGCGAUCUGAUUGAUGUUAGUCUUCCCCCACUACUGCCUUUCUUUCACUUUAUUUCACUUACAUGCACUUCUUGAAAGAAUUUUUAGAGUAUUGAGAAUCAUAAUUUUAGGUCCUUGCCUUAAGAGGAAAAGUAAUACUGCAAGCAGAAUGUUUGGCGUUAGUAGAGCAUAUGGGAAUUUUUUAGACCAAAUUAUUUCUCCCAUCGCACCCCUGUGCUACCGUAACUCCUCACCUCCUUUUUUUCCCCUCAUAACUAUUUAAAAAAAGUUAUUUUAUUCCUUUUGGGGUGCCUGGGUGGCUCAGUCGGUUGAAUGUCCAACUCUUGAUUUCUACUCAGGUCAUGAUCUCAGGGUUCGUGAGUUUGAGCCCCACAUUGGGCUCCACACUGAAGUGCCCAGCCUCCUUGGGAUCCUCUCUCUCUCUCUUUCUCUCUCUCAAUCUCUCACUCUCUCUGCCCCUCUACCACACAUGCACAUGCAGGUAGGUGCUCUCUGUCUCUCUCAAAAUAAACUUAAAAAAGAUAAAUAAAAAUUAUUUUCCUUUGUUUUUCACAAUAUCUAGGUCAGCUUCUUUAACAUUCUUCCUCUAAUUCUGGGCAUUUUUAAUAUAGAAUUCUUGUUUUUCUGGCGGGUUUUAGUUACACUUCCCCUAUGUGCAUGAAUGCCAUGUUUUCCAGUGUCUGUAUGUACUUGCUAAUAGUGUGAGUAACAUUCAGGAAUAUUUCAGUAGGUGAUUAAUUCAUCACCUUUUCAACAAACAUUUCUUCUUCACAUGGCAAAAUAAGCUUUUUUUUAUUUCCUUGUUUAAAAUUCUAAUAUGGCAAAAUAAGUUAGAGAGGCUCUGUAUGAAAACACAGAUAUUCAAUAUCUGUCAAGGCAUAAGUUGGUAACAAGUUCUGUUUGGGGACACCUGGGUGACUCAGUAGGUUAAGCAUCCACCUUCAGCUCAGGCUAUGAUCUCAUGGGUCAUGUCAAGCCCCACAUCGGUCUCUGUGCUGACAGCUCAGAGCCCGGAGCCUGGUUCAGAUCCUAUGUCUCCCUCUGUCUGCCCCUCCCCCAUUUGCACUCUGCCUUUCUCUCAAAAAUAAACAUUAAAAAAAAUUUUUUUUAAGUUUCAUUCAAAUGAACAAAAGAAUGUAAUUCUUAUGUGAAUUUCAGGGUGAAAUUUUAAAACACAUUCUUUUAAGCUUUUUAUGCUGCAUUUGUUUUUUGUUUUACUUUAAUAUGCAUCUAAAAAAGAUUUUGAAGUUAGUCCUAGUUUGUAUAGCUUGUUCAUUAGAGUAGAGUACAAAUUUUGGAUAUACUAUUUAAAGGACUUUAUUUUUCUACCACAUGCUUUCUAUUUCUAACUGAAGGAUGAAGAUUUCUGGAUUUAGUGAGAAAGGAUACGCAAACUAAAAUGUUUAUUUUCUGAUCAUUAGAUGUAAUUGUAUUUUGAUUUGUAUCGUAUUUUGGGUUUGAUCUAUUUAUGUAUCAAAAAUAUAUUUAAUUCAUUUCAUCUUCUCAACCCUCUAAAUUAGGUUUGUUAGAUAUGCAUGUUUGUACAGAAUAAGACUAUAACAGGUUAAGGGCUUUGCCUAAACAGAUAUUUUGAGUUUUGAAUAAAUGCAGGGUAGGAAGUAGAACCCAAAUCUUUUGAAUCCUGACUCAUUUUUUUUCCUCCAUUGCACUGAAUAGGCCAUACUAUUUGUAAUGGUGAACUUUAUAGACUGAAUACAAAUUUACCUGGAAAUAUUUAUUCUAACCUUGCUUCAUAAAACCUUUAUUUCCAGAGUGAAUAUAUUUCUCCUGAGUCAUACUUUGCAAAAUCACAUUUGUAAAUUGAAUUUGAAGAAUAUUUAAUGAUUUCCCACAGUGGAUAAUUCUGAGUAAACUGGACAUAAUAAUUGGUGGGAUGAAUGAUUGUGCACAAUAUGUAUUUUUAUAGCAAUAUCUAAGUCAUUAAACAUACUCUCCAAUAAUGUGUUUAUAGAAACCAUGUGUCAGUAGUCCAUUAAUUCCUUAAUUAUGUAUGUUCAUAUUUUAUUUUAGAAGCAUCAUUCACUUGUUUCCUAAAAAUUUAAUGCCAGAGCACAGAAAACACAAGUUUGUUAAAUUAUUAAGUUCUAUGCAAGAGAUUAUUGCCACUGUAUAAUCCUGAAGAGAACACUCAACAAUAUUUCUUGAUCCAGGUAUCUGAGGAUGGGUUGAUAAAAUUAUUAAGAUAAAAUCUAUCUAGAAAAUUCUUGCUUUGUUAAAUGGUCAUUUCAUGUAUUUAACACCAAAAUCUACAACAGAGGUCUGGCAACAGUAAAACUAUAGUUUCUUUUACCUUAGAGAUCCCAUCUUCCUCUGUCCCCAUUUAUCUAGAUAGAUAUUAUUUUCAGAUUUUCCCUUUGAUUCUAUUCUAGAAAAAAAAAUCAGGUCUAAAUAGAAAAUCCCUUGUGAAGGGGAUAGUGGUUGUUAUUAGGAAUUUGCUCUGUGAAAGUGUAAAAACAGUUUGUACUCUGUAUUUGUUUGCUUAAUUCAUCAAGGCUAUUCACCCUAAGAACAUACUUUAAUAAAAGUUUUGAUAAACUGA